UCUAUUAUUCUACUGUUUUUCUGUGAAUCUGUGUGUUUUGUGUUUCUUCACUUCGACUUUCAAGAAAUUUUAUUUUUGCAAAUAUCUGUUACAAAGGCGUUCCUUGAGAUUACUAAAGAAUAAGAUUGGAAAAGGAAAAUACUAUCAUAACUCAUUCAUAAAUCAUCAGUUCGUGACCAAACUAGGUACCUUUUAGAAAAAUGUCGAUUCAAUGGACUUUUAUCGCCGGCUACCUUUAUUUUGAAAUCGCUGUGGUAAUCCUUAUGAUAUUGCCUAUAUUUAGCCCGCGGCGAUGGCACCAGUUCUUUAAAUCCCGUCUAUUUUAUAUGUUUCGGAACAAUGCCGCGGUGUACUUCUAUGUUUUACUCGGCAUAUUAGGAGUAUUUCUAAUGGACUCUGUUCGAGAAAUGAAGAAAUACGCGCAUUCAUCCGAAGGCCACGUACAUUUGUCUAGUGAAAUGAAAGGCAAUGUAAAGUUGUUCCGAGCUCAGCGAAACUUUUAUAUUACUGGUUUCUCAAUUUUCUUAGCUUUUGUUAUAAGGCGGCUUGUAAAUAUGCUGAUAAUACAGGAUGAACUUAGUCUAAAAGCUGAGAAAAUAAUAAAACAAGCAGAAGAUACCGUUAAGUCUGCUAAGUCAAUGGUGCUGAGUAACACAAUGCAAGCAUCAGAAGCAAAGAAAUGUGAAGAGUUGAGUCAAGAACUAGAAGAAGUGAAGAGUGAGCGAGAUGAACAGAGGGCAAGAAUCAAGGAAUUGGAGGAGGAAGCAACAAAAUGGAGGUUGAAAUACGAGGAAGUGUGUGGUGCUGGAGACAGGGCUGAAGAAUGAAUCCUGUAAAAUAGGCAUUAUAUGUUAUUUUUAAUCUUGAGCAUCAUUUAUUCAUACUGAUUGCAGUGCUAGUGCUGCUAACAAGACAAUUAUGUUUUGUAUACAAAGCCACCAGUAAUAAGACAAUUAUGUUUUCAUAUAAAUAGCGAUGAUUUGUAGAUAGGUAAAGGUUAAGGAUAUAACUCUUCGCUUUGUAUUUUUUUUUUAUUUUAAUUACUUUUGUACUGAUGCGGUACAUUAAUAAUUUAUAAUUUUAGCAUUAAAAAAAAAGAUUUUAUUUUAAUAUUCCUGUGAUCUAUGAAAAAUGAUGGUGCUUGUAAAUUGAUUGCUUGACCUGCGAUUGCCUUGCCCAAUGUUAUAAAAAAAAACUUAUAUAUUAUCUAGUCUGAUGUUGUUUAGUAUAAUUAAGUCUGUAAUUCCAUUUUCUAUUGAAUAAUUUACAUUAAUAUAUAUCACAUUCAGUCUUUUCGAAACUGUUGGCUAUGUCCAAACUAUAAUAGAUAACAUGUGAUAUGUGAUGUA